AUGAAUGAUGUAGACGAGAUUUUGGACUUUGAUGACAACGUCGAUUUCAGUUUUACUGAAGAUCCUCAAGUUACUGACUCCAAUUUACUGGAAAGCGAUAGCUUAUUUGACCUUGAUGCUGAAAUGAGCUUUGCGACAGGUGGACAACGAGCUGAAGGGAAAUUAAGUCCAGAAGAGGAAAACAAAGAAAUGUCUGAAUUAAUUGAUAAUCAAUUAUCUGGAAACAGCGAGUUAGACAAUAAUUCAACCUUAGUGCAUCAAAAAGAUCAAGAGGAACUUAAAUAUGGCGAAAUUGAAGAUUUUGACAUGGAUGAUCCUGACUUCCUUAAGGAAUAUGGGGAAAUUAAUGGCGAUGAAGUGGUCAUAGAGGAUGACGAAUUCUGGAAAGAGUUGGGUUUAGACCCACCAAAUGUGGUAGCAGAAGUGGAAAAUGAGAGGACCGCUGAGAAGUCUGGGACUACAGAAAAAUUUGACACGGACAAUGCAAAUAUUUCUAAGACAACUCCAAAAGAAAACACUCCAAAAAGGUCAUUAACAUCACAAUUGGAUGCUGUUAAAGUCAAUAGCGCGAAAUUAGAUAUUUCUAGCAGUAAAUCUGUUAAAAGGACUUCAAAAUCCCCUGGGAUUUCAACAUCCCCUGAGAAAGAAGAUGGUCGCGGUAGUCGAAGAAAUAAUGACUGGCGUCCAGUUAAUAAUAGUGGUUCGUUUUUAAAUAACAAUAUGUCAUCUUUUCGAUCAGGAUUUGGGCCUGGAUUAGAAGGAAUGCCUGGUAUACCAAUGGGACAAAUGCCUUUAAACAAUCCAUCCAUGUUACCAAAUCUAAACAUGCCUCCCGGACCAAUGAUUGGACCAAAUAUACAUGUUAAUCCAAAUUUUGCCAGAUUACGACCACAUGCAUUGCCAUUCGGAAAUCCUAUUAAUCAAUAUCCAAUGGGAUCUGGUCCUCCAAUGAACAUGAUGCCAUAUCAAGGACAAAUGGAAAUGCAUCCAUAUCAUCCUUCUAUGGCACCAAUGGGUGGCGGACGUGGCAAUAGUAAUUCGUAUGGAGUUAGAGGUGUCAGUCCAGGUUUCAGUCAUCAUAAUUCAAUCUCCCCACCACGAAGAUUACCAGUAAGUCAGCAGAAUAAUCAAAGGCCAAUUCCUUCUCCAAAACGUAAGGUUCCAAAUGACGGGUUUGACCAAAAAGAACCUGAUAGCAAAAAAAUUUCGGUUACAAAUGGCAAAUCCUCCGCCCCAGAUGCAAAACCUACGUCAUCUUCACAAAAAAAUGCUGAAAAAAGUAAAGUAACUGUUACAACCGUGACGACAAAGGAUACUUCCGGCCCCGCUGUCAAGGCUUCCAAUUCUAAGCAAGGAACUGCUACGGCAAUUACCAGCAAAGCAGCUUCGGUAGCCACAAAGAAUAAGGUUGCUCCGACUUCCGAUAAUCGUUCCGGUUCUACCUCAACAAAACAACCCCCUAAACCUGUGCAAAAGCCUGCACCAAAAAACAUUAUUAGAAGUUUGCCUUCAAAACCAUCAGUUGCAUCUUCAGAAACAUCUAAAUCAACUGCAGCACCUAGCACUGCAGCAUCUUCAGUUGGAGUUAACAAAUUGACAAUUGGUAAUGUUGUCGAAGGUGUAACUAAGCGAGAUAUUCAGGACUUAGCCAACAAAAUUCCCGGUGGAAUUUUGUCGAUCACGUUUGAUCGCUCGGCCCAAACUGCAGAAGUAUCGUUCAAGACCUCUGAAGGAGCAAAGUUAUUCAGAAGAAAGUAUAACAGGUAA